AUGCCCUUUGUUGACGGUCAGGAUUAUUUCAUACCGUUCACGCUGGACACGGGCGCCGAGUCCAAGAGGCAUUCCCUGACAGAUCCGGCCCACGUCGCGGCGGUCUCUGCCGCGGCCGAGCCGGGGCAGCCGAGGACUGUUCCGCUCUACCCGGCGGCGGAGGCCCCCGGCUCCAAGCCGCGCGCCCCGCUGUUCACCGAGCUGCCUGCGUGGGAGGCCGCGGCGCAGGUGAAGGAGGCCUGCGCUCGCUCCCAGGUCGUCUGCGUGCAGGGCGAGACGGGCUGCGGCAAGUCGUCCGUGCUGCCCCUGAUCUUCCUGGAGGACCCGCAGGCUCGCAUCGCCGUGACGCAGCCGAGGCGGAUAGCCGCCAUAUCCCUGGCGCAGCGGGUGGCGUCCACCCGCGGCGAGCCGGUGGGGCAGACCGUAGGCUACAGGGUCGCCAUGGACGGCCAGGUGUCGGGCGCCACGCGCCUCAGCUUCGUGACCACGGGGUGGCUGCUGAUGAAGCUGGCGCACCGCCCCCAGGCGCUGAAGGAGUACACGCACAUCGUCCUCGACGAGAUCCACGAGCGGGACCGCCUC